AUGCAGGACUACUUCCUCUUAGAAUGUGUGGUGGCCUUGGGAGAUGUGCCCGAUGGGACGCUGGUAACGGUGAUGGCUGGAAACGAUGAAAACUACUCUGCAGAGCUCAGAAAUGCCACAGCCGCCAUGAAAAACCAAGUAGCAAGGUUCAAUGACCUCCGAUUCGUGGGUAGAAGUGGAAGAGGGAAAAGCUUCACGCUGACUAUCACGGUCUUCACAAAUCCACCACAAGUAGCCACAUACCACAGAGCCAUCAAGAUAACAGUGGAUGGACCUCGUGAACCCAGAAGACAUCGUCAGAAAAUAGAUGAGCAGACAAAGCCCGGGAGCUUGUCCUUUUCAGAGCGCCUGAGUGAACUGGAGCAGUUGCGUCGUACAGCCAUGAGGGUCAGCCCACACCACCCAGCCCCCACACCCAACCCACGAUCAUCCUUGAACCACACCACUGCUUUUAACCCUCAGCCUCAGAGUCAGAUUCAGGACACAAGGCAAGUACAGCCGUCUCCACCAUGGUCCUACGACCAGUCCUACCAGUACCUGGGCUCCAUUGCCACCCCCUCUGUGCACCCCGCCACGCCAAUAUCACCCGGCAGGGCUAGCGGCAUGACAUCCCUCACCGCAGAGCUUUCAAGCCGGCUGUCAAGUGCUUCUGACUUAACUGCGUUCAGUGACCCUCGGGUGGGAAUCGACCGCUCCUUCUCCGCGCUCCCCUCCAUCUCCGACCCUCGGAUGCACUACCCAGGAGCAUUUACCUACACGCCGACGCCCGUCAGUUCAGGGAUAGGAAUUGGUAUGUCUGCCAUGUCCACAGCCACAAGAUACCACACUUACCUCCCGCCUCCCUACCCUGGCUCGUCGCAGGCCCAGGGCAGCCCGUUUCAGACCACCUCACCCUCCUACCACCUCUACUACGGAACCUCCGCUGGCUCCUAUCAGUUCUCCAUGAUCUCAGGGGGGGACCGGUCCCCCCCACGCAUCCACCCUCCCUGCACCAAUGCCUCCACGGGAUCGACGCUCCUCAACCCCAAUCUCCCCAACCAAAGCGAUGUGGUUGAGGCAGAAGGGAGCCACAGCAACUCCCCCACUAACAUGGCGACCACAGCAAGGCUAGAGGAAGCGGUGUGGCGACCAUACUGAAUGAAUUUUAAGUAGUUAUGGGUCAGGACUAACAUGCUUUCCAUUUCCCAGUGCCCAUAGGUAUCCCAUAAACACCCAUCUUGCUUAUGGGCCCUGCCAUGUUCAUACAUCACUUUCAGAAGCAAACCCUCCAGAAGUCAGCAAUCCCAGGAGUGGUGGCGUGUAUUAGCCAGCCACUGGUGAAGCGACGUCACUCCAGCAAAGCAUCCCUCACGGUGGGCUGAGCUUCUGGAAAGGAGCAUACCUGAGUUGGUGGUCCGGAGGUAGUGAGGGUGGGUAGAAAGGUACCCAGUCUGUUUCCAGGCCUGUGGCUUUCUAAUGUUCCUGGGCUUGAAGGUCUCCACAGCCCUAAAGAGAGUUUCGGUUCACUUCUAUUUUUAAGACUGAAAACCCAAAAAAUCUUAGUGAGUUUACUGCAUCUUAUGGACAUUAGCUGUAAGGAAGUAUAGGAAGAUUCCCAGAGGGAAACUGUGAACGCUUCUGUUUUAGCAAUGCUGUGAAUGAGAGGUUUUAUA